AAUCCCCAGUAAAAUCGGAAAAAUUACAGUCUUUUCUCUCGCUCGCUGUCUCGCUUUCUUGCUCGUUCCUCAAGCCAUGGCCGAGAGCUGCAACUCUCGUGGCUUCUCAUGGCUUGUGAAGUCCUGCUUCCCCAAUCCCCAGCACGAAACUCGACGGGGCCCGACCCUUCUUACCCGAAUAUCUGAUAAGAAUCCGCCGGAGAGUCGCCCGGAGAACCGACACCACAAGCACGAAACCACCUUCUCUUUCCUCCCCGAUGACAUCCUACUCGAAUGCCUAUCUAGGGUUUCCCCAUCUUCCCUCCCCUCUGUCUCUCUCGUCUGUAGAAAAUGGUCUCAACUUCUCGACUCCCCCGGAUUCUACGAUCUCCGCCGCAAUCUCGGCCAUCUCCGUCAGACGGUUUUCGCCGUUGCCUUCACUGAUUACGGCGUGUACGCCACAAUGCACCGUAUCGGAGACGAAACUUCAUGGAGGACCACUUCCUUUCCAGCCGUCGAGAUGGUCGCACCAGAAAUCUUCGACGGAUCGUUCUCCCACGCACGUUUGACGGCGAUAGGCCGACACAUCUACAUCAUCGGCCGAAAUGCUACGAUCCGAUACGAUACGUGGACUGGAGUAAUCACCUCGAGGGCCCCAAUGAUUUUCCCGCGAAAGAAGUUCGCCGCGGCCGUAGUUGCUGGCAAAAUCUACGUCACCGGCGGAGGCGGCGCUUCUCGCACUUCGGCAGUAGAGCAGUACGACCCGGAGACGGAUACGUGGCGUGUCGCUGCGGAAUCUCCAAGGCGACGGUAUGGCUGUAUCGGCGCGGCUGUCGACGGGGUGUUCUACUCGAUCGGAGGGCUGAAGAUAGGCGGAGUCGCGGAAGCUACACGUGGGGUUGGCUCAGAAGCCCACGUAUAUGCCAGCUCCAUGGAUUUGUACGAUGUGGAGGCGCGUGCAUGGUUGAGGAGCCGUGCAGUGCCCGGCGGGGGGUGCGUGGUGGCCGCGUGCGCCGCGGGGGGAUACAUCUAUGUACUCGCGAGCCAUGCCGUGGAGCUCUCAUUCUGGAGGUACGAUGGGCGUAGGAAGAGCGGUGGGUUCGGAGAAUGGUGCCGGAUGAAGAGCCCGCCGCUGCCGGCGCAGGUGAGACUCGACAGUACAGUUAGGUUCUGCUGCGUGGGAGUUGGUGAGAAGGUGGUUCUGGUGCAGGCGGUAGGGUGUAUUGAUGAUUUACUGAGGCGAAGUGGGAGAAGCUGUAGAGGGUUGAAGGAGGGAUUGGUCUUGGUUUUCGAUUACGCUGCGGGCGAGUGGAGUAGAGGCGCCGAUUUGCCGGCCAUUAUCCGACGCGCCGCUUGCGUUUGCGUCGAGUGCUAGUGUUUCGUGUAAUCGUGUCUCACCCUCUCGAACUCGAAGCGGCAUUGCGUUCCGUGGUCGUUCUAGCGCAAGUUAGUAUAUCCACAGCUAAUUUUACUAACCUGCGCGUAUAAUUAUAUUAUUUAACGAUAUGGAAAUGGGGUGAACCUUGAACGGCGAAGUGAAGCUAUGGAGAGCGGAGACCGGAAAGGCAGCAGAUACGAGAGUCGAGAGACCGGUUUGUCACGUUGUGUUCACUUCACUCAAGCAAGGUGUAGGUUAGAAAAUCUUGGGGGAGUAUGCUAACUUGUUCGAUGGUGUUUAUCGCUAAAUGCAUGUUUUCUGCUAAGAUGUACUUCUGCGUGGUGUACUUUGGGUAUGGCGCAUGUUAGAAAAGGGGAUCCGAGAAAUGCGAUCCAGAGUCAGCUUGACAGAUGGAGUGAAUUAGAAGAAAAUAAUGCAGGAUUCGAGUCAAACUUCCGCGAUGUAAUGUAAUUGAGAUUAUUAUUUAUUAAUCAUAUUUAUAAAUAAUCUAAUGUAUAUACGUGAGUUGCGGCGCAUUUUUAAAAUGGUGAUUUAGUAGCUUCUAUGUUGCGCGAGGAGGAAACAGGGGAGCUUCGUCGCUUUUUAUGAAACGGUUGCCACGUGGACAAAGCGUAAUGUGUACGGACGGUGGCGACGGGCGGGGAUGCCUAACGGCUAGGUAGCUCGAAAAUCGGAACGUGUGAUACGAGGAGUCAGGAGGCCUACAAAUUUUUGUAAUAUCGGAGAGGUAUGGUACCGAAAAACUUGAACCAAUCUGAAAGUGGAGACUGGCGAGUGGAGACCAAUUGGGUGAUACAUGUUGAUUGCUUAUCAAUAUAUUCGGUACCGUAAAUCCGUAAUCAAGACCUUUUGUCUAGAAGACUCGAACCAAUCCAAUGGAAACAAUGCCUGACUGCAUGCAUAAUGUUCAUAUGUUCACGGUGGGGCCCACCGGAUCCAAAAGGUGGGACCCACAUGUGGACAUGAAACCACGGGGUAGGGGGCCAAAUGUGGGACCAACAGCACAUGUGGAACAAAAAGUAGGGCCCAUAUAUGGUUUGGAGCCCACACGGACCGAUUAUAUUUCCAAUUGCAUUUCCCUAAUGUGGAACAAUUAGUACGGCCCACAUGUAAAAAAAUGGAUGAGAACUGACUGAAUCAGAAGGGAUAAAUUAGACUUUACGUCAAAACAAAACAAAAGAAGCUUUAGAAAAAUUAUAUAAAAGAAAGCAUUAGGGAGUGUUUA